UAAAAUAAAAGCAAGAAACAAGACAAGGGGUCUCGGGUGUGACAAGAAACUAGAACCACGAGGGUGUUUUUUUUUUAACUAUCAGUCGGUGCAGGUGCUUCGAUCGUAGCGGGUUUCCGAAACAGAAUUAAGAAAGUGAAGCAAUGGAUGACGAACCACCGGCAUGGGAUAUAGGAGGAGAUGAAGAAGCUCCAGCUUGGGAUGUUGGUGGAGGAGAUGACACUGCAGCUGCUGGAGGUGGAGCAGUAGCUGAUGCACCUGUAGUUCCCUCUGGACCCAGAGAAAAAUGUGAUCCCCCUCAUUACACUCUUCACUGGGUUCGACCCCUUUUCCUAAAUUACCGCUACCUCUAUGACUACAGACAAAAUUACUACAACGACGUAAUCGACUGGAUGAAUAAACGAAACAAGGGAAUUUAUCGUGAGGAGCCACGAGCUCAGGAAUGGGCAGAGAGGGCAAUAAGAAUGUAUCACUUGAAUAAUAAGAACCCAAGUGUCAAGCGAUCUGCGGAUAUGCGUGAAAUCACUCAGAUGAGACACACCAUCAGACACUACAGUUAUCAUACUCGAGCAUACUACAGCCUCAAGUACAUGAAGAUUCUUUGAGAGACUCUUCAACAGUAUCUUAUCGCCGCAAUAUCGAAGAAUGUGCAACAAAAACGGAAAAAUUAAUUCAAUCACAAUUCAUAUUAUCAAAUAAUUGUUAAAUUAACAUUUAUCGAAUAUUCUGAUUUUAAUUCAAUUAUAUUUACUUUUAAAUUAUUUAUUUAUUUAUUUCUGCUUAAAUACUGCGAAAUUAUUUAUGCAAAAAUAUGUAAUUGUAAGGAAAAUUGUAGUUUCGGUGUAAAUAAUUUUUAAGUUUUCUUAUAUAAUUUGGAAUUAUUGAAAUAUUUAUAUCGAACAAUGCGAACAGAUUAAUUGAGAGCAGAAUAAUUGAAUUAAACUGAGUUAAACGUUGCACCUGCUUCGACUUAGAGAACGAUUUUUUUUUCUUUCAAUGGCAAAUGCAUCGACGUUAAAUCAUCGAGCGGCGAUUUGCCAAUAUUAUUAUUCGAAAUUUAUUUCUUCUAGUCAUCAAAAAUUAAUUAUGAUGAUCGUCACUAUAUGAUUGUGUAAACUAGAUUCUGAUCAAAAACAAUUAUCAUUCUUAUUAUUUUAUUAUUAAUAUUAUUAUUAUUU